CGAGCCAUAGAGGACACGUUUCGACUGUGUAUUCGUUUGAAGAAGAACGUUGGAAAAAUUGUUUUGUUUUGGCUUCUUCAGAAUUACUUUUCAUUUGAGUGAGGAUGAGUUCAAAAAUUGUUUGAGAGAGGCCAGUGGACAUUCUAGUAUAAUAGAGAAAAUUUGAGUAUAUUAACUUUAGAUUUAAAAAUUAAUGUAGAUUAGUGAUUUUAUUUUACUCUCUAUAGAUUUGUUAUUUUUUUUAUAAUUUUUAGUAAUUUAUUUAUUUUUAUUAAAAAAUAAAUAAAAAAUAGAAGAUGCAAAAAAAUCAUUAAAAAAUGACUAGUGGCAAAGAGAAUACAAUAAAAUAACUAAAGCCUAUUAUUAUUUUUAAAAAUAUAUAUAUUCAAAUUUUAUCUAUUAAACUAGAAUGUGGGUGGCCACAACGUGGCUGCAUAUAUUUAUUGUUAAAAAAAUCGCCCAUGUCAGUUAUCUAUAACACACCAUCUAUGUAGUAUUAUAGUCCACAUACGAUAUUCAUCAGAUAUUUUAAUUAUAUCAACUAUUUUUUUGUGGAAAAGAUUGGAUUAGUUUAAGUUUGUAAAAUUAGAUGGACUUAAAAAAAAUAUAUAUAUACGCUUAAAUGGGUAGGCAGGAUUCAUGAAAUUCAAUUGAAUAUUAAUGGCAACUUGGUCAGGCAACUACCGCAACAUUAAGUAUUAACAUGCAUUAAUAUUAUGGUUGUUGAAAUAUUCAAUGAAUCCAUGACCUUCUUCUAUCAAUUGCAUGUUAUAAAACCAUUCGGCGGAGGUAUUCGACCGCGAUGCAGACUCCAAAAAUCACUUUUGGUUGUGCAAUAUUGGACAAGGCAUUCGGUGGAGCAGUGUCGGCGUGGGCUUUGCUUGGAUAGAAUAUGGCUUAUUGUUCUUCAUCAACACAGGAUGAUCCGAUUUAUUUGAGGCCAAGUACAAUUAAUGUCACUUCACAUGUUGGGACAUAUUAUCGGACUAAAUACUUGAAAUUGGUUAAAAAGGUAUUGUAUAGGAAAGGCGGUCAAGCGUUGGUAGAUAGAUUUUUAGGUGGUUGUUUUGGACACUUAUUAGAUUGGAAUCCGGGGGCAAAGUGUGGUAUGGCUCUUCACCAUGUUGUUUCGCGCCAAAUCCAGUCAAAUGAUAAUGGAUUGUGGUUUUACAUUAACGGGAGCAAGUUACACUUCUCGGAGAUGCAUUAUGCUCUUGUAACAGGGUUGAAUUUCGGACAAAGUGACUUUGAUGUGAGGGCAGAGCACGAUCUUCGGAAUGUCGAAGUGUUUAUAAAAAUUUGUUGUGGCCGGAGGACUUUAAAUGUGGAUAAUGUCAUUGACAUUUUUGAGAAUUAUGACCUAAUUGGUGAUCCUGAUGGGAGUUUACUAUUACGUGUGGCUCAUGUGAUAGUACUAUAUGGCAUGCUACUAGGGUACGAGCGUGAUAAGAAGGUGGCUGACUGGGUUUGGGCUUUGGUGGAUCAUGUUGAUGCAUUUAACCAAUUUCCGUGGGGAGCUUAUACGUAUCAGAUAUUAUGUCAGUAUGCGUAUAACUGUUCUACAAACAACCAAUAUAAAUUAUACGGGCCGGUAUGGGCUUUACAUGUAUGGUCCCUUGAGAUUAUACCUGAGUUGGGUUCUACAGUUGGUACGUACGUCGAGGGCUGUGCACAUCCCAGAUGUUUGAGGUGGAAGUUUCGAAGUAGGCCCAAUGUGUCGGAUUUACGCCCCCUAUUUGAGCAAGAGGCGCAUCAUCUAUUUGAGAUUCAGCCCGACGAUUAUGAGACGACAAGCCAUUAUUACGCUACGUCAGUCAUGUCCAUGCCCAUUGGUGUUCACUAUGAGCGACCAGUGAACCCAUUGAGGGAGGGUAGGCAGUUUUCCCCGCGACCUACACAGGAUAUACGUGUUGCCGAGCAUGAAUUGCCGAGGAGACGAGAAGACAGGUUGGCGAGGUCUCGAGAUAAGGGGAAGCGUAGUCGACCACCACCUACCACAUCAUCAUCUAGUAGUGGCGAUCACGUUAUCCGAGGACGAGACCGUGACUAUAUAGCAGGCGUGGUCAAAAUUAUGGGCGAGGAGCAUGAUCUUCGAAUUAGAAGGAUGUCAGAAGAGCAGGAGAUAAGAAUGAGAAGGAUGGCAGAAGAGCAGGAUAUCAGACUGAGAAGGAUGGCAGAAGAACAAGAGAUUCGAAUGAGAAGGCAUAACGAGGAUUUGGAGAGUCGAAUGAAGAGGACAUUGAAGGGUUUUUUGGAUGAUUUGAAGGGGUUUUUCAGCUGUAGUGUUGUACAUCGUAAGGGUGUACAUUCUCCUGCCCCUCGUCGCACGCCUACACCAGAGACUAGAGAUUGUGAUGAUGUCCAACUCGACGAUGGUGGUCCAGUGGCCGAUGAUGUGUCACAUCAUGCUGAAGCGACAAUGUCCAUGGCACAUCGACAUUCUGUGCAUGAGUAUGGCAACACAUCUACUUCUCAUCAGAAUCCGCCACGUUUUUCUCUUCAAAAUCCACCUGAUUACAAUUUUGAUCCCAGACAUAUGGAGUAUGUGAUGCAGGGAUUGACGACUGAGGGCCUCGAAAAUCUACUGUUAGAUAUUUUCAAAACGCCAUCGAUGCCCCCAAGGAGUGAGCGCGAAAGAUCUCCAGACGGCAACAAUUAGGUCGUUCUUGGUUUCGAUGAUCUAGUCGUAUGUUGUGCUUGCAUUAUUUGUUUUUUUAUUUUGGUAGUGGUAACCCCAUUUGUAAGUGCAAUUGGAUAUUGAAGUGGAAAUUUGCUAAUUCCUCCGAGUAAAUUAAAAAUACCGCCGCGUUAAAUUGAGAA